GCCAAAACUAUCGGUCUCCUCACAUCACCAACUAUAGAGUAGUUUCAUUUGUUUAUACUCGAAAAGUGGUUGUCGCGGCUGUCGGUGAAGCAUUUGAAUGCAUUACGGUUUUGCUUAUUAGGCGCUCCGCGAAAGUGAAAGUUAAAAGAACAAAUCGCAAAAAUGAUGUAAAAUUUCGUGACAACUGUUUGUAUUGUUUUGCAAGCACAAAGAAGUGAACUUCGAGUUAGAAGUAUUUAUUGGAUUUAUCUUCUUUUGGUCGCACGCCCGGCAACAUGUGACGCGACGGCAGACGAUACAUCAUCAUAAAUUAAAUGAAUAGCAACACAAAGAUAUUAAAACUCGAAUGGAAUUUUAGUGGACUAUUAAAAUGGUUUUAAUCCAACCGCACUUGAUCUAUUUCUGUUGAUAAACCCGGGACGAGGAGCUCGAGAACGGCCAUCAGACUGGAGGCCUCACUCACCCUGAAGCGCAUUUUUGCACGCAAAAUUGCCUAUAAGACGAAUUCGAAGCUGAACUCGAAUUCGAAAUUCAAAUCGAAAUCGACUCUAGCGGCCAUGCGAACUAAACAUUUGAUAUUGAUAUUAAUCGGUGUGAUAAUCGCAACGCUCGUAUUCAUUGUCUUUGGACCGGCUGGCGAACCGAACGACUCAUUCAAGCACAUUGUGGUGCAGACCCAUCAACAACUUAAAGAGUUUCAGGAGAAUCUGCGCGUUGGGCUGGAACGCAAAAAGCUCGAGCUCGAUCCAAAGUAUCUGCUGCUCUUGGGCUUCACGUCGCCGCUGAGCACAAAAGAUGACGCAUCACAGCAGCCGGCAGAGAGCGGCAAGCAGAAGCAGGUGCAAACUGACGUACCUGUCACGUCGAAGCGCGAGCUCCAGCAGCAGCAGCUGAUGGGGGGCCGCGGGCAGGCAGCUGAGCAGGAGCUGCUGCUGCUGCAGCAGGYGGAGCAAAAGAGCCAGCGCAAGCGGAUCACGACGCCGUACAACAAUACCAAGUCGAACUUCACCAUAGUCAGCUACGUGCAGGAGGGGCAGGUGUCGUCGGUGAUACUGCUGGCGCAGAAUAUCGCAGCCAAGCUGCCGAACGAGUCGCUGCUCAUCUACGACCUGGGCGUGUCCGAGGAGCAGCUGCGCUCCCUGAACGCCUGCUGCAACAGCAGCCGCUGCACCGUCAUCACCUAUGACCUCUCGGAGUUUCCGUCGUUCGUCAGCGAUCAGCGAACCCAUGCAUAUCGUCCAAUUGUGAUAAAGGAUGCUCUGAUGCGAUCCAAAUCGAUCUUGUUUCUCGAGAACUGUAUGCGGAUCCGUGGCAGCUAUCGCGACUUGCAGCAGCUGCAGAAUCGCGCCCUGGUGGCCGGCGUCCUGGGUUGGAACACCCCAACGGCUGUCUCCUCGCGCACCCAUCCAAAGAUGUUCGACUACUUCGAGUCGGACGCUGAGAAUUUCAUAUUCCUUCGCAUGGUGGACCUCGACGUGGUCUUCUUUGCGGACACUCUCUUCGUGACGGAGAAGAUUAUGUUGCCCUGGCUGAAAUGUGCUUUGACCAUGGAGUGCAUCGAUCCAAUUGGUGCCCAAUCGAAUGGCUGUAAAUUCAACAAAAAGCCACUUUAUCGCUACUCGGGCUGCCAUGGCUAUGAUGCAUCCGCUUUCAACAUAGUGCUCGGUCUGACUUGGCAUCUGGACGACACGAAAUAUUCGCUGUCCAGCGAUGGCACCAAAGAGAAUCUGUUCUAUAAGGAGACACUGGAGCAGGCGAUCAAGCUGCUGGAGAGCCGACGACGUAAUAACAGCGAUACAUCCGAUCAUCCAUUUACGGAGGACUGA